AUGCUCGAUGAUCCAUUGUCUUACCCCUCCACACAUGUGGACGAUUCUACUGCAAAUGGGUGUCUCAUCAUGACUAGAGUCGUGCCCAACGGCUAUUCGCGCAACCAAGUUGUGAUCGAAGCGGCGCGCUUGCUAGGCAUGCAGGAUCACGAACGUGUCGUCAAGCUCGUGUUCGCAACGGCUUCGAUCUCAUGGCGACCCGCUGUGGCCCUUCUGCUGCCUUGA